CGUCAGCUCGAUGCGGCCACAACAGAGGAGAGUCAGAGUCAGGAGACGACGCGGUCGGAGCCGGCUUCUCCGAGAAUUCCCCCUCCAAUCCAACCCAAAUCGUUCCCCAUCCCGGUCGUCGGCGCCGCAGUCCGCCGCAAGCCUGCCCGAGGCCAGCCGGCCGCCGCCUCCUGGAGCCGGCGGCGUACGGCCGCCUCGUCCAGGCCGCGUCGAGGACCCGCGCGCUGGCGCUGGGCAAGCUCGUCCACUCCCACAUGCUCCGCGCCGCCUACAGGCCGGGGCUCUUCCUGCGCAACAGCCUCCUGGCCGUGUACUCCCGCUGCGGCGACAUGCGGCACGCCCGCCUGCUGUUCGACGAAAUGCCGCGCCGGGACGCCGUCUCGUGGAACACGCUCAUCGCCGGGUACUCUGGCCUGGGGUCUUCUCGCGUGGCUCUUGACGCGUUCCGGGACGCACGUGCCAGUGGAGAUGGUGUGGAUAGGUUUACCUACGCUGCGGUGCUUGCCGCGUGUGCCGGCGCGAGGGACUUGAGGAACGGGCGGGUGGUGCAUGGGCUGGCCGUGGUGAGUGGGCUUGCACGGACCGCGUUCCUGACCAAUUCAAUCAUUGACAUGUAUGCCAAAUGCAGGAUGAUUGAUGAGGUCAGGUUGGUGUUUGAUCGGGCUGAGGAGCGGGACGAGGCUUCAUGGAAUCUGUUGUUGUCAGCGUAUGUGAGGAUGGGGUGGCCAGAGGUGGCAGUGAAUGUGCUUGUUUGGAUGCACCGGUCUGGGGUCAAACUGGACAGUUUUGCUUUGGGUGGCAUCCUGAAGGCUUGUUCUGAGCUUGGUGAUUCAGAGGAUGUUCGGAGGAUGCUGCACGGUUGUGUGGUUAAGAUUGGUUUGGACUUGGAUGUCUUUGUUGGGAGUGCAAUGGUGGAUAUGUAUGCAAAGAAUGGAGGAUUGGAGGAGGCUAUCAAGGUAUUUGAUUGCAUCCCUAAUCAAAGUGUGGUAGUUUACAAUUCCAUGAUAGCGGGAUUUGCUCGGUUAGGUAAUGGCCCGUGCCCUGAGACUAGAAUCGAAGCAGUCAGGCUUUUCUCUAAAUUACUCAAGGAGGGAAUAAAACCAUCCAAGUAUACGUUUAAGAGUGUGCUUGAAGUAUGCAAUUUGACCAAUGCAGUGCGGUGUGGGAGGCAAAUACAUGCCCAUGUUGUACUCAGUGGGUUUCAAGGUGAUGAGUUUAUUGCAAGUGUGCUGAUUAACUUGUACUCAAAAGCACAGUCAGUAAAUGACAGUCUGAGAUGUUUCCAUAUGACCCAUAAAGAAGAUGUCUUCACAUGGACAUCCAUGAUUACAGCAUUUGUGCAUAAUGACCAUUUUGAGAAUGCACUAUACUUGUUUAGGGAACUUCUCCAUACCAGAAAACAGAUAGAUCAAUUCACAAUAUCAAGUGUGAUGAGUGCCUGUGCUGCUCUGAGUUUGCCAUCGAUCUGUAAGCAGAUAAGCUGUUAUGCAGCCAAAACUGGCCUCGAUCAAUUUACUGUUUGCAUCAAUUCUCAGAUCGCUAUGUACAGGAAUAUAGGUGAUCUUAAGGCUUCAAAACAGACAUUUGAGAAGAUUUCAUGUCUGGACACUUUCUCAUGGUCUGCUAUGAUGCUGAGCUAUGCAGUUCAUGGCUAUGAAAGCAAGGCCCUAGAUCUAUUUGAGACAAUGAAGAAUCAUGGUGUCAUGAUGAAUGAUAUAACUUUUCUUGCUGUUCUCAUUGCUUGCAGCCGUCAGGGGCUGGCAGAUGAAGGUUUAAGGUAUUUCAAGAACAUGGUAUCAGAUGAUGGCUUUUCCCUGGAUGUGAAGCUCAAAGUGUGCAUGGUUGACCUCUUUGGCCAUGUUGGUAAGAUUGCUGAGGCUGAAGAUUUCAUAAUGAGUUCUGGAUCAGAAAAUGACCCAACACUAUGGCAUGCACUAUUACGUGCCUGCAGAGUCCAUGGGGACAAAGAAAGAGGUAUAAAAAUUGGAGAGAAACUGAUGGAACUUGAGCCGUUUGCUUCUUGCUCGUAUGUCGUACUGUACAACCUGUACAUGCAUUCUGGAAAAAUCUCAUUGGCUAUGAGGACAAGAGGCCUAAUGAGAGAACGAGGCAUCACUAAUGAAGCUGGGGUUAGUUGGACUGAGUUUGGAGGAUCCAUUCAUAAGUUCCUUGAUGGGGAUAAUUCUUACUCGCAUAACACCAUUCAAACGACAUUAGAGGAGUUGUUGGUCAGGGUGAAACAGAAGUCUGACCAUGGUAGAACAAAGAUUUGGGAGUUAGGAUUCCAAAGCAGAAAGCCCCUUCAGAGCUCAAUCAGCAGACAUGGCGAAUUAUUGGCAGUGGCUUUUGGGCUGUCUAGUUGGCCAUGUGUUGCUCCCGUAAGAGUUAUGAAGAAUCAGAGGAUAUCCUGGGAAAGCCACGAAACUCUGAAGCUUCUAUCACAAGGUGAAAAUAGGGAGAUAACUGUCAGAGAUCCAACUCAUUUUCAUCAUUUCACUCAAGGUUCAUGCUCUUGCAGAGACUACUGGUAGUUGAAAUUAUUCUAAUUUUUAGGAGGGUGAGAACGUGGGAUUCAGGAAGCAGUUUCACCGAUUUUUAAGGUGAGCUUUCUACUGACAGAUUACGAAGCUGUGGAUGCAAAUAAACCACGCGAGAAGGUUCUGUUGUGAUCAGGAUAAGAGUACAAUCUACUCAACUGAAGUUGCAUUGUUACAGCCUGUGGCUGUGCUUGAAGAUGUCAAUCUCAAACCUUCAUUACUCUGAUGAAACCAAGAAAGAAGAUAAAGUGCUUUCCCUAUUAGUUUCAUCAUUCUGACCAGCAAACUUGAAAGCUUGCAUCCAUUCACCAGAAAUUUGGCCACUAGGUUCAGGUUCUCAUGCGGUAUUUUGCAAUUUCAUGCCAGGUUACAGAGAAUUUUUUCACACACACUAACAGUAAUAUUCCCUCAUUAGGGUCUAAUUGAUCACUUUAGAAGCUGUCAAAGCUACAUCUUACACGCCAUUGACAGUUGUAAUUGUAUUGAUUAGAUGUUUAUAGGUCAGCAAUUUUGGAAUUGUAUAUAGUACUCAAACUGGCAUUCCUCUGCCCGUUUUUUCUCAACGAAAAACAAUGGAAAGCUGCAAGCAUUCGGUGGUAAUUGUAGGAAAUUUAGGUGAUGU